AAUUCGAUAACCGACGGCUAAAACCUCAUUAAUCGUUCUUCUUCUUCUUCUUCUUCUUCUUCUGAUCCCUUACACCUUCAUUUCAUUUCAGGUUUGUGUGCGUUGCAGAUGGAAGGUAGGUUUGCUGAAGAACUUUAUGCUGAAAGUUUACAACUGUCAAAAUUAGAACUCACAUCCACCAGUGCUGAUGAUCAAGAAAACAAGGCAAACGGUAAGAUGCAGUUUUGUGAUGGUGAUGAUUUGAGUUUGUGGGAUGAAUCUGAUGACAAGUUGGAGAGCUCGUCGGAUUUGGACAGGGAGUGGCAGAGGAGGCACGACCAAUUCCAUACGAUUGGGUAUCGUGAUGGUCUUAUAGCGGGGAAGGAGGCUGCUGCACAGGAAGGUUUCAAUUUCGGUUUUAAACAAUCGGUCCUUGAUGGUCACAGUUGGGGUGUUGUAAGAGGUGUUACCAGUGCUUUUUCUCAUCUUCCACAUCAAUUAAAAGAGAGGCUGAUUGAAACACAAAAGAAAAGGAAUGAAUUGCUAGGGCUGUAUGAAUCUGUGCAUUCCUUGUCAACAACAGAUUGCCUUAGAUUGUUUAGUGAAGAAAUCAAAGCACAGGAAGCUUUGGAACAGAGUGAACACUCAGAAGUUAGCCAUCAUACAGCUGGUUUGCAAGAGCAGCCGUCCCAUGGCUCUGAACUGAGAAAUUAUCGUGAACAACUUGAAUCUCUAAUUCGUGAUUCUCCUGCCAUUGAUAUUCAUUUACCCAAACCAAAAUAAAUGAUGAUCUAUAUUUUAUGUAAUAUACUUUAGCAUAGAAUGAUAAUAGCUUCUUGCAGCACUCAUCUUCCAUUUCUAUGAUUGUAAAAACAGAUCAAUUGAUGUAAUUGUUUAGUUUUAUUGAAAACUUGCUUUUUUGUAA